AUGGCUGCUCCACGGACCUUCCAGCACCUCUCGCAGGCCCAGUCCGGCUUCAAACCGCCUUUGAUUUCCAAUGAUAAUUGUUAUUUGGGCGAUGUUUUCUCAUCCGAGAAAGAUAACUCCGCCGCACCCACCGCUGGAGGGCUAUUCCGCCUAGAAGCAGGCCAGCCUCUGACCUAUACCUACAAUUUCGAUGAGCAUAAAAUCAUACUGGAAGGCGAAUUUGAAAUCUCCGACUCUACUGGCAAGGCUGUGAAAGCUCUGCCGGGCGAUAUUCUCUAUAUCCCGACCAACACGACGCUUACCUUCAAAACUUCGACGUACGGACUGGCAUACUACGUUGCGCAGAGGAAACAGGGAGAGCUUUGA